AUGAAAAUCGCCGUCCUCCAAUUCAAUCCCCGCCUAGGCGAACAAUCUCAAAACAUCGCCCGAGCAGACUCCCUCCUCUCAACAAAUCAAUCCAACCUUGACCUCCUCGUCUUACCCGAACUCGCAUUCUCAGGCUACAACUUCCCAUCUCUCUCAGCCAUCACCCCAUUCCUAGAGCCCACCACCUCUGGUCCCACCACACAAUGGGCAUCCCGCGUAGCCCAAACUCGGAAUUGCACAGUCAUAGUCGGCUACCCGGAAAUCUGCACAAACCCCGACGGCAGCACGACGAAUUACAACAGUACCGUAACUGUAGGACCCCAAGGCGAGAUUCUGGCGAAUUACAGGAAGAGUUUUCUGUAUUAUACAGAUGAGACAUGGGCCACAGAAGGUUUCAAAUCUUCACCUAAUCAAAGUCCCUUUUUCGCUGGCCAGCUGGGGCGAUUAGGGUUGGUGGGACAUGGGAUUUGUAUGGAUAUCAAUCCUCAUCGAUUCGAAGCUCCCUGGACGGAUUACGAAUUUGCGAAUACGAUGUUGAGGAAUGGGUGUAAGCUGAUUGUGCUUUCCAUGGCUUGGCUUACACGUCUCACACCUGAAGAUACGGAAGCUCAUGCGAGUUUGCCGGAUAUGGAGACUGUGGCGUAUUGGUUGGAGAGAUUCUGGCCUUUUCAAGAAGCGAGAUCACAGGAGCCGAUUGUGGUGGUUUUUGCGAAUCGGUGUGGGAGUGAGGGGGUGAUUGAGGGGGAAAGGGUGCUGGAGCAUGGUUCUAGUAUUGAGCUUGGGAAUCGCGUGGCUUAUGCGGGGAGUAGUUGCGUGAUGAAGUUUCAGGGUGGGAGUGUCAAGUUAUGGGAACAUUUUGUUGGGCCUAAUAAAGGGGAAGUCGGCCUACUCGGGAAGGGGGAGGAGGCUGUUCUAGUCAUUGAUACGGGGAGUGGGGCGGGGUUUUUGUUGCAGCAGAAGGCUGGGUAG